CUCCGCAGCAGAAGGGGCUGUUGAGCCGCAGCCCGGCCGCGUGUGUGCGCGGCGCCCGGUGCCAGAGAAAGACGCGUUUGUUGUCGUCGGGCCCCGGCCCCGGCCCUCCUCCGGCUCCCGCCUCCCACCCACCCAUCCCGGCAACAAAACCCGCGGCCGACCCGGGACCGCUCGUGGCGGAGCCGCGGAGGCGAGAGGAGGAGGGAGACGGCCAGAGAGGAACUUGUCUUGGGGAUUAAUAGGAGGCAGGAGGAGGGAGAGGUGCACACAGGGAAACAUCUGGACCAUGAAGGUGGCCUUCAGAUUGCUUCUCCCACUUGUUCUUGUGCUGGUCUCGGAGGUGAGCGGGCAGCGGAGGAAACCCCCCCGGAAACCCACCCGCCCGCCCCCCGAGUUUGUUGAGCCCGUGGAGCCCACAGAGCUGCCCCCACCGCUGCCCCCGGGACCCCCUUCCGUCUUCCCUGACUGCCCCCGGGAAUGCUACUGCCCCCCGGACUUCCCCUCUGCCCUGUACUGCGACAGCCGCAACCUGCGCAAGGUCCCCAUCAUCCCGCCCCGCAUCCAUUACCUCUACCUCCAGAACAACUUCAUCGACGACCUCCCGGAGGAGUCCUUCAGGAAUGCCACGGGGCUGAAAUGGGUCAACCUGGACAACAAUCGCAUCCGGAAGGUGGACAGGCGGGUGCUGGAGAAGCUGGAAAACCUCAUCUUCCUCUACAUGGAGAAGAACCAGCUCAAGGAGGUGCCUGCUUUCCUCCCGCCCAACCUGGAGCAGCUGCGUCUGAGCAGGAACCAGAUCUCCAAGAUCCCUGCUGGGGUCUUCAACAAGCUGGAGAACCUGGUGCUCUUGGAUCUGCACCACAACAAGCUAAGCGAUGGGGUCUUCAACAAGAACACCUUCAAAGGACUCAAGAACCUCAUGCAACUCAACCUUGCCCACAACAUCCUGAGGAAAAUGCCUCCCGGGGUUCCCAGUGCUAUCCACCAGCUCUUCCUGGACAGGAACAACAUCGAGGACAUCCCCAGUGACUACUUCAAGGAGUUCCCCAACCUGGCAUUCAUCCGGCUCAACUACAACCAGAUCUCCGACAAGGGGCUCCCCAAGAACUCCUUCAACCUCACCAACCUGCUGGUGUUGCACUUGGCCCACAACAAGCUCACCAACGUCCCUUUCAUCAGCCCCAAGCUGGAGCACCUCUACCUGAACAACAACUCCAUCGACAAAAUCAAUGGGACGCAGAUCUGCCCCACCUCGCUGAUGUCCAUCCAGGACUUCUCCCCCUCCGACCUGGACAGUGUGCCCCGGCUCCGGUACCUGCGCCUGGACGGGAACCUCCUGAAGCCCCCCAUCCCCUUGGACCUGAUGAUGUGCUUCCGCCUCCUGCAGUCCGUGGUGUUCUAGCCCUGCCCGGCAGCGCGGCUCUCCCAGGACUUGGCUUUGCACAGAGACUGAACCCAUAUCCAUGUCUGAGACGUGGGACCCUCUUUGCCUCCCUCUCCUUCUGCUCACAUCCCUCCUCCCUUCCCCUCUUUCCCCCCUGCAGUGCACGCGUGGCUUGUGCAUCCUUGGGGACCACAGUGUGAGGGACAGCACCGUGUCAAGCAGCCACCCCAGGUCACAGCAUCAGCCCAGGGUGGCUGCCACGCUCACCCCAGCUCCCUGCUUGUGGGCUCUGCCUUCUCUGUCCUCCCCCAGGCCAGCCCUGAGGCUGGCUCUGCCUCUCCUCUUCUACCCAGCAGGGUUUUAGGAGAUUGCAUUCAGCCCAAGCCAAAAGCAUCUCUGGAUGGAGCUGAUGGGGAAGCCCAGGGACCACUUCGCUGCAGGACCCUGCACCAUCCCUCCGGGAUGCAUACAGAGAGCCUGUGAUGUUCCUCGGGAGCGAUGGAGGUGGAGCAGGGAUGCCUUGGGCUGGUGUGCCAAGGGUGCAGGGGUACAGGGUGAGGCCAGCGGGUGGCUGGGGGAGCAGGGUAUGCGCAGGCAGAGGGUGGCUGGUGUGGCAAUGACGCCUCAUGGCCAUGUCCCAGGGCCCCAAGCAAGGGACACGCUGGUGUGGGGGUUUGCCCUUGGCUCUAGGGGUUAUUUCCUCCCAGUGGUGUGGCUUUGGUAGGAGGGAGCGGGGAGGGUGCCUGGCCCCUGCGCUGGAGCUGGGCUCUGCUGCGCCCUGGGUGGGUUGCACCUUCCCCGCAGCAGCCCAUCACAACCCCUCCUUUGCAGAGCAGCCCCUUCCCCAGCUUCCAUCCCAGCAGCAUCAUUCCAUGGUGCCGCAGCCCCCUCCCAGACCCCUGCAUCCUCCCAUGUGGAGAUGAAGGACUUGGUGCAUCGGCUUCCAGCUAAAACC